AGAGUGUUUGGUUAGAAAAAUUCUUUCUGAAGGGAAGAAUUUCUCCUCCUUGCAAGAUCUAGGGCAAAACCCAAACCGGAAACCACCGCCAUGGCGACCAUCUCUCUUCGAAAAGGCAACACGCGGCUGCCGCCGGAGGUGAACCGAGUACUCUACGUCCGCAACCUGCCAUUCAACAUCUCAAGUGAGGAGAUGUACGACAUCUUCGGAAAGUACGGUGCCAUCCGCCAGAUCCGAAUCGGCACCAACAAGGACACUCGCGGCACCGCGUUCGUUGUCUACGAGGACAUCUAUGACGCCAAGACCGCCGUCGAUCAUCUCUCUGGCUUCAACGUCGCCAAUCGGUACCUCAUCGUUCUCUACUAUCAGCAGGCCAAGAUGAGCAAGAAGUUCGAUCAGAAGAAGAAGGAGGACGAGCUCGCCAAGAUGCAGGAGAAGUACGGCGUCUCGCUUAACAAAGAUAAGUAGCCUGUGAGGAUUCUGAAUUUCAUGGAGCUUUGGAUUUGUCCACAAUUGGAACUUCUAUGCUGAAUUGUCAAUUAAAGCCAUUAUAUUUGUGGACAGGGAUGGAUUUAUGGAUUCGAUUACUUGUAUAUCGAAGUGCCUGAUAGUAUAGUGAAAUGUAGAAUGUUUUGGGUUUAUUGCUUGUUGGUUCAAUUUCUUUUUA